GAAGGAGCCGCCAUUUGCCACCGCCGAGCGCACGGGCCGAGCCGAGCCGGAUCCGGGAGCCGGAGCGGGACUGGGGCCGGAGGACGGCGAUGGGGGGCGGCCCCGCCGCAGGAGGACCCGGGCGCGUAACCCCGGGGGCCCGGCCCGCUCCGGACCCGGACCCGCAGGGCGCGGCACCCUGAGCCCCCCUCCCCGCCCCCUGCCCCGGUCAUGGUUGCCUACCCUGCCGCCCCUGGGCCACCAGCCCUCUCGGCCUCGCGAGCCCCGGAGCCCGGGUGGUGUCAGCAGUGAAAGGCGUUUGCAGGCCCGGAAGACCCCAGCCCGGCUCGGCUCUCCAGCGCGCGCCCCCUUCCCGGCCUUGUCCCUUCCCUUCCCCCCGCCGCCCAAGAGCCCCCCUUGCACGCCGCCCCCCGCCCCCCGGCGCCCGGACGAUGCUCAAGUCUCGGCUCCGCAUGUUCCUGAACGAGCUGAAGCUGCUGGUGCUGACGGGCGGGGGGCGGCCCCGGGCCGAGCCGCAGCCCCGGGGGGGCGGGGGAGGCGGCUGCGGCUGGGCGCCUUUCGCCGGCUGCUCCACCCGGGACGGCGACGGCGACGAGGAGGAGUACUACGGGUCGGAGCCGCGGGCCCGGGGCCUGGCCGGGGACAAGGAGCCGCGGACCGGACCCCCGCCACCGCCCGCGCCGCCACCACCACCCCCGGGCGCACUGGAUGCCCUGUCGCUCAGCAGCAGCCUGGAUAGCGGACUCCGAACCCCUCAGUGCCGGAUCUGCUUCCAGGGCCCAGAGCAGGGGGAGCUCCUGAGCCCCUGCCGCUGUGACGGAUCGGUGCGCUGCACUCACCAGCCCUGCCUCAUCCGCUGGAUCAGUGAGAGGGGCUCCUGGAGCUGUGAACUCUGCUACUUCAAGUACCAGGUCCUGGCGAUCAGCACCAAGAACCCAUUGCAGUGGCAGGCCAUCUCCCUGACAGUCAUCGAGAAAGUCCAGAUUGCAGCCAUAGUUCUGGGCUCGCUCUUCCUCGUCGCCAGCAUCUCCUGGCUUAUCUGGUCCUCACUCAGCCCUUCAGCCAAGUGGCAACGACAAGAUCUGCUCUUUCAGAUCUGUUACGGCAUGUACGGCUUCAUGGAUGUUGUCUGCAUAGGCCUCAUCGUUCAUGAAGGCUCUUCUGUCUACCGAAUCUUCAAGCGCUGGCAGGCAGUGAACCAGCAGUGGAAGGUGCUGAAUUAUGACAAGACAAAAGACAUAGGAGGAGAUGCAGGGGGAGGGACAGCAGGGAAGCCAGGCCCUAGGACCUCACGGACGGGCCCCCCCACUGGGGCUACCAGCCGUCCCCCAGCUGCCCAGCGCAUGCGGACGCUCUUGCCUCAGCGCUGUGGUUAUACAAUCCUGCACCUCCUUGGACAGCUGCGGCCACCAGAUGCCCGUUCCAGCUCCCAUUCUGGUCGAGAAGUUGUCAUGAGGGUCACCACCGUCUGAUCUGGAUUCCAAAAGCAGGGAUCUUAAGUCAAUGCAUCAGCCAGACACAAGCUCUCAUGGCUGCUGGAGGAACCACCUGGACAAGGUGUUUGGGGCAGUGGCCCCCACCACUGAGGAUCUUUGUGGGCAGCCUCAGGCUGGAGACAUUGUCUGUUCUCUACUGCCCACUGAGUAGACACCUGGAUGACAUUCUAGCCACCAUUGACAGCUCCUCAUACUCAUCCUGAGAUGGUCAGUGGGCAGGUGGGGAGAGCAGCUUUUCUUCCCUGGAAAGAACCGUCUUUACCUCAGCUCCUAGGGCCUCCAGCCCCCCCUCACCCCAGCUCCACCAUGGUGACUUGGCAAAGGGGGACCGAUGCCAGAAGAAAGGGGCUGUAGACCCCCAUUCCCCAUCCCAUGGCCACAGGGCAUCUGGCAAUAAGACUAGUAUACAUUGACCUCCCGUUCCCUGCAUGAGGGCGGGGGACUUCCCCCUGCUCCAUCCCCCAUUGCAUGGGGGAAGGGCAUAAAGAAUCAUUUAUAU